UUUGUUGGCAAAAUUGCUUAGUACAUUAAUGAGUUGAGAGCGCGUCACCUGUUUACCAACCAAAUUCAACAGCUGAAGACAUGGGUCAAAGACGUGAGUGAACGUCGGAAAAGGUAUAAGCUGGUUGAGUGGGCCUCUAGUUCUAGCUAUGUAGUUGUAGAUCCUCUGGUCACUGGUGCCUGCUAUCUACAUAGAGGUAGCCAACCUCGUUGGCAUGGAGGGUCCAAAAGAGGAUCUUAUCAACUUGUUGGCGGACGAGGAGGCUGCAUCUGUACAACCUCUUAGAGUGGUGUCUAUUGUUGGGUUUGGGGGUCUAGGAAAAACCACACUUGCAACACAAGUAUACCAUGAGCUUGGAGGGCAAUAUGACUGCAAGGUUUUUGUGUCCAUAUCACAAAGACCUAACAUGAUGAAGCUUCUCGGUGGGAUCAUAAAAAAACUUCAGACGCCACAAGCAACCCAUACUGACGAGGCGCAAGAUCUGACUGACAACAUCAGAGAAUAUCUAAGAGAAAAAAGGUACUUGUUCGUUAUUGACGAUAUAUGGGACGAAUCAGUAUGGGAAAUUAUUCGUUGUGCGUUCCCAGAGAACCAACAAGGUAGCAAAGUUAUCAUAACCACAAGAAUUGAGCUGGUAGCUAAUGCAACCUGCAACAUUUGGAGAUAUUGAUGUUGAUAUUGAACACGGACAUUACUGCUGCCAUGCCAUCUGAUAUUGUUGAUUUGCCUUGCUUAUUGCAUCUGCAUGUUCCUAUUGGAACAAGGCUACCUGAUGGAAUUCGUAGGAUGAAGGCCCUACAUAUUCUGGAGAACUUUGAUGUGCACAUGAACUCGGUGGAUAAUUUAGCAGGUCUCAGUGAACUUACAAAUCUUAGACAUCUUACUUUUUGUUGCGAUGAUGUUGAACAUACUGCCAGCCAACGUGGAUUUCUUACAAACAUUUUCUGGUGUUCCGUGUC